CAGACAGACAGAGAGAGAGAGAGAAAGAGAAAGGAUCUGGACUGAAACAUCAAGACGGCAGGCAGGCAGGCGCGUAUGGAAUUAAAACUGCGCAAUUUGCAAACGCCACGUUAUUUAUUGUGAGCCCGGUGCUGACAGCAGAUCACACCAUCAUGUCUGAUUCUGUGCCUCAACGGAGCUGCAUGCGGGACUGGAGCGGCAGCACACGGAUUUAUUCCUCAUCACAACUGAGCUGGACUUCUUUUCACAGGAGACAUUGCAGUUCCUCAGUACCGGGUGCACAAUGAUGAUGAUGAUGAUGAUGAUGAUUUGGGGCCUUUUUGGAAGGGAUUAGAGCGCGUUGGUCGCAGUGUCACUGAUGUUUGUGCAUGGCCACGUUCACAUCUGCUUCGAUGCUAGAAGAGUGUGGGGAGAGAGGGAGAGUUGAGGUGAAUAGCAGCAGUGGGAGAUCAAGCCCGGGUGAUUUGCAUGCGGAAUUGGGACUUUGAAGCCGCUGUGCUGUGCUGCGUGUCAGAAGAAACUGCGCAGUUACAUUUUGCUCUCCAGGGUUCUUCUCAUCGUUUGGUUUUUCAAUGGGAAACCAGCCGCCGCCUCCCAGCGCAACCCUCGGCGCUUUAGCAGCUGACGGUGGGCCAGCAUGGUUAAACUGUAGCUGGUCGAGAUGAGAAUGGCUCCGGAUGAAAACCUCCAUCAGACACGGUGUCCAAGCAGUCAGUCAGUAAAUGUGAUCAAAAGCUGCACUUGGAGGAAACAUGAGCAUGGAAAGUGCUCAGGAUGGAGUUACACAGAUUGUGCAUCCUGUAAUUGCAGGGCCAGGAAGGAGCCACUCCCAUACAGGAAGAAGACAGACCAUUGGUAGCUCUCCAAACAGUUUGUGAGUGUUGGUGUGCGGCCCUCUCUCUGCUGGUGUGGAGGGCUUCACGCACACAGCUAGUGUGGCUGGAUGCAUCACACCGUGGAACAAUUUGGCGUGCGCGGCUCACGGGACCCUUAUUCUCUGGAUGGACUCAACCGGGGACCAUGGGCUCCCAUGGGUGGUCCUGCCUGGCCUCCUCCUCCUUCCAGGUGCUCACCUGGUGGUCAACCUCAGUUCCUCCCUCACGUCCCACCCAAUCACAUGACCGGACUAAAUCAUCCAAGUAAAUUUUACAACAGUGGGCCCGUGGCACGUGGUGGGGAAAAGCUGGACCUAUCUCAGGCCUUGUUGCCAGGGUUACACAGGGAUGUCCGGGUGCCCUCAACCUCUCCCCGGUCAUGGGAUCCACUUGGUCAGCAUUUUGAGCCAUUGUCCAGUGAUGAUCACACCCGUCUCCACAACGGAUACAAUGCUGGACCACCUGCACACCUCACAGCCCGAGCCAACAAGCUGUUAAAAUAUGGUUCCCCUCCUUUGCAACAUGGUUCUAGGCCCAUGCCGCCAGUCCCUGAUUCGUGGGAACAGUCUCAUCAGCAGCAACAACCACCCAGGGGCCCUUAUUCUCAUGCUGGCCAGUUAAAGCGGCCAGCGCCUCCUCUGGGAGAGCACUCGGUCAUCCAGCACACCCCUCUGUCCCUAAGCAGGCCUAAUGAGGACUGUCCUAGCCCAAGCAAGAGGAAGAGGAGUUCUGACUUAGAACAGCGCAUGAUGGCCCAGUACUCAGGGUCAGUGGGAACUUCACUGCCCUUGCUGCAGCAGCCUCAGUCCCAUUAUCCCCCUCUGCAAAAGGGCUCAGCAACUUGGCCCCCAGUAGGACGCAAGACGGACCACAAUGAGUUUCAGGACUUGCGCAAACAAGACAUGGGUGACUGCAGUUACAAGCAGUUCCCAUCCUCCAAACCUUCACCCAUCUCUCCACCUCCCAUCACUUCUGCCAGAAGCUAUGAACAAGGCCGUGGUCCUCCGCACCAACCCCUUAAGUCUUCUCAAUCACCACAGUCUCUGGAGUCCUCCUCUCACAAUGUCCACCUCCACCAAACUACAUUCCCCUUCCCAAACAAGUCUUCUGCUCAGACCCCAGGAGAGCACCAGGCCAUUCCCACCCACAAAAUGCAUCCUUCUGGGGUGAGGUCUACUGGCAGCCAGGCACCCCGGCCACAACCUUCAUUGUCCUUGGCUGAUCGAGAAUGCCCUGUCCCCACACCAGCACACCACACCGCCGUGCCUUACAGCCACCCCAAAUUCCAGCCCCAUCCAGGGCUGAUUCCCACCACCAGCCCCUCUUCCAACAGCGGAACACAAGCCGCAGCACCUCAAUGCAACCCUCCUAAGCCCUGGAGAAACCAGAUCAAACAUGAUAACCAGGCCUCAGAGCUGGGUCCUUAUCGCAGAUCGGUAGACUCUCAGGUUUCCUUUUCAUCUCUGCAGCAACAGCAGAGUAGAACUGGGCAGAAUCAGGAUGAAGGCAUCUCUCGGGCUCGGGCACCAGUUAUCACCUCCACAAUGCCAUCCCUGGAACCUUCAGGUCCUCCUUGUUCUAUGGGACUCUACAGUAGCGUGGACACUGCGCCCACCAUGAGCUCAGUGCCCUCUACUAACAGUUCUGUGGUCAGCAACGUUAAAAGCUGGAAGACUGCACACCCUUCAGCACUAGUCUCAAACACCAAUCAGACUCCGUCUGCACAAGGUCUCCCACACCAAGAGCAUCAAAGAGCCCAGUCUGGCACCAUAAGCCAGUCAAACCACCAACAGAAGGCAAAAUUUCAACAUCAAGAACCCCAUCUACCCCACCAAGGGCAAGACAGAUCCCAUUACAACCCAAAAGUGUCCUCAGCUCCUUCCUCUCUCAGCUCAGGGUUUCAGAGAUCAGGAAAUAGUGUCAUCACCAGCAAGGCCAUUGAUAACCUCUUGCAGGCUGCAAGUUCACCCCUUCAUCACACACAGCCUGCAGUGUCCAUCACUGUGAACGCAGCCCCUCAACAACAGUCUAACUCUUUGCAUCAUGAACUGCCUCACCAGACAGCCCCAGUCUUAUCUCAGGUGCCACCUGCCCAAACAUAUCAAAGGCCAUGUCAUCAACCUACCAUCUCUAGUCCCCAGUCCAUUCAAGAAGCACUUGAAAAGCUUGAUUCUGAGCUUCAGGACCAUAUGCGAGCUGAAGAGAGAAGAAAGGAACAAGAGGAAGUGGAGAGAAAAAACAAUAGGGAGAGUAAUAAAGUAAGAAACAAAAAGGUCAAUGAGGAGUCCACAACUGAGAAUCUGGACAGCUUACUGUCAAAUACUGCUACUGAUCCACCCCCUCCGUGCCUGUCUCCAGCCAUUACACCUUCCACAGUUUCACCACCAACCCAGACAUCCCCACCUUUUCCCUGGCUGAGUAGGGGAGGUGUGCCUACACGUCAACCAGCACCUGGUGCAAAUCCUGUAGAAAGGUCUCAACCGCCUCCUCUCACCCCUCAAACAGACUAUGCCCGUGAAAAGCAGAGGCAGAGAGAGCAAUGGAAUGCUUCGGUCACUCCUGCUUCACAGAAUACCUCAGGGAUUCCUACAUCUAUAUAUUCCUCCAAACCUGUCCCGACAGAUUCUUCAAAUAAAACAAUUCAGACAACCUCCUGUUCAUCCAAAGUCUCUACCAUGCAGAAGACCUCUCAUAAUAUUAAAGCUAUGGGUUCUGUCUCAAACCUCCAAGAGCCCCCCAAACUCUACCAGGCCUUUCCCAAGGACACGCUACUAUCUUCUUCAAAAGACACAAGUCCAACUACUUUGCACAAGCAGACAAGUGGUGGGCUAGGCAGUUUAGACAGCAGUGCCAGUAGCACCAGUGGAGAUUCAGAUAGUGCCCAGUUUGAGGAGGAACCUUCCGAGCUCUUGCCUGAUGGUUUGGCAAACAUUAUGAAGAUGUUGGAUGAGUCCAUUAAGAAGGAGGAGGAACUAUAUUCUGGCCAGAGUGAUGGGCAGCCUGACCCAGAGAUACCCUUUUCUCUUACAGUGGCACCCAUAAAGAGUUAUUCAUUUGCUCCUGACCUCAUGCCUGCCCUGAAACAGCCAUCUACAGAGGAUUAUUCAACGGACACCCAUGCUAGCCCACCUGUCCUGAGUCGUCAGGGAUCUUUGGCAUCCCCUUGCAGCCGUACAUCUUCACUUGAAGAAGAUGAGGACACACUAAAAAUCAUCCAAAAAUCUGACAGUACUGUCGGUACUCAAUCUCAAGAUGGUGGUGUUGGCAUCACAGGAAGUAGUUAUCGCCAUAGUGACUUGGCUAAGCUUUAUGGACUAUCGGAGGGAGUGAAGAGUGAGUGUGAGGAGGAGGAGGAAGAAGCAGAACAAGAGGACGAUACACCUUCCUGUUCUCCACCACCUACAAGGCCACACCUGCAUCAGACAGGUGUGAACAGCAUGUUUAAAAACUUGGCCUCUGUGCUGGAGAGCCAGAAGUAUGCCUACCGUGGAGGACCAUUUGGUCGACCACCACCUUCAGCUCUGGUAGGAGUGAAGUAUUCUUCAUCACUUUCAUUGGGCCCAGAUAUCUGCAGACAACAAAGCACUUCUCCCACAUCAGGCUCAACCAAUCAUCCAGGCUUUAGUCAUCAAGCCCAACCCUCAGUGAAUUCUACCUUUGAACAAACCCAUCAUCUCUCACCAUCAGGAUCAACACCAGAAAGAAAAGAUGUUAUAGUCUAUCAGUCGGAUUUCUCUGGAUGUGAGGAGGAUGAAGAAGUGAGAAAGGGGCUGAUGGAUGAAGAUGAUCCUAGUAUUGUAAAGGACUCCACAGAGGUAGAGAGGAAGCCUAAGCUCACCACAAUCUCAGAAUCGUCGCUUGCAGAGCUGGGCCGUAGUUGUGAGGUGAUGCUAAACCGACACAAUCUCCCCUCAAUGAUGUCAUCAUCAGACCACAAUAAGAAACAGAGACUGCACGUACCUGAAAAAGACAAGAAGAGAGAGCGCAACUAUAACCAGGAGAAGAAACACAAACGCAGCAGCAGUAGCAAAAAACGUGAGGAAAGGAAAGAGAAAAAGAAAAGACACAGAGAAAAACAAGAAAAUAUGUCCCUGUCUUCUUCUUCAAGCCGAAGGCACAAGGAAGGCAAACCACAUAAAGAGAAAAGAGGCCACAUAGAUAGUCAGAAAAAGGAGCUCUGGGAGAAAGAAAGAGAAACAAAGAAAAAGAAAGAGGAAGGAGGUGAAAAAGAGGAAUGGGUAUGCCGGAACAAGGAGAAGAGUUUUAAAUCAAUAAGUUCUUCAUUGGAUCAUACAUCGUCUUCACCUGCACUGGGUUCUGCAGACUUCCAGAAGUUAAAAGCUCUGACAGAUGGCCCACCCAAAGAGCUGAAGAUUCGUCUGAUUAAAGUGGAAAGUGGAGAUAGAGAAACCUUCAUUGCCUCUGAAGUUGAGGAAAAGAGAAUUCCACUUGGGGAGAUCACCAUCAAAAACACAGCCAGUGAAAUCAUCAGAUCGUGCAAGGGUGCCCGCAUUAAGGGGAAAUUCAAGGAAUCCUAUUUACUUCCGACUUUCUCUGUGAAACCGGUUAUGACCAUGGAGCACUCGAUCCCACGGGAAAAGCUCAACCCUCCUACACCAAGUAUCUAUCUGGAGAGCAAGAGGGACGCUUUCUCUCCUGUGCUGCUUCAGUUCUGUACAGACUCCAAGAACCCAAUUACUGUCAUCAGAGGCCUCGCAGGCUCUCUCAGAUUGAAUUUGGGUCUCUUCUCCACAAAAUCGCUGGUGGAGGCAAAUGGAGAACAUGCAGUGGAGGUGAGAACUCAGGUGCAGCAACCAGCUGAUGAGAACUGGGAUCCCAGCGGCACUGGGCAAAUCUGGCCAUGCGAGAGCAGCCGAUCACACACCACCAUAGCCAAAUAUGCCCAGUAUCAGGCCUCCAGCUUCCAGGAAAGCCUACAGGAAGAGAAAGGCAGUGAUGAUGAGGAUUAUGAUGAUGAAGAUGAGAAGAAACCUGUCAUUAAUUCAGACAGUAUAGGCAGCAACUCCUCAAGCUCAGGCUUCAGCUCAGAGCAGAAACCUGUGGGGAAAAUCAUCAAAUUUGGUACCAACAUUGACCUCUCUGAUCCCAAAAGGUGGAAGCCCCAGCUACAGGAGCUGCAGAAGUUGCCAGCAUUCAUGCGCGUGUCCUCCAGUGGCAAUAUGCUCAGUCAUGUGGGUCACACCAUCCUAGGCAUGAAUUCUGUACAGCUUUACAUGAAGGUCCCUGGCAGUCGGACACCAGGCCACCAGGAAAACAAUAAUUUCUGCUCUGUGAACAUUAACAUUGGCCCUGGAGACUGUGAGUGGUUUGCUGUCCAUGAAAACUACUGGGAAUCCAUCAGCAAUAUCUGUGAGAAGCAUGGAGUGGAUUAUUUGACUGGCUCUUGGUGGCCAGUGUUGGAGGAUCUCUACAACUCCAAUAUUCCAGUGUACCGCUUCAUCCAGAGGCCUGGAGACUUGGUAUGGAUCAAUGCAGGCACGGUGCACUGGGUCCAGGCUGUGGGUUGGUGCAAUAACAUUGCAUGGAACGUGGGUCCACUGAAUGCGUACCAGUACCAAUUGGCUCUAGAAAGGUUUGAAUGGAAUGAGGUGAAGAAGGUCAAAUCCAUUGUGCCCAUGAUUCAUGUUUCCUGGAAUGUGGCCCGCACAGUUAAAGUUACAGACCCCGACACUUACAAGAUGAUUAAACACUGCCUUCUUCAGUCCCUGAAACACAUUCAAAUUCUGAGAGACCAGCUGGUAGCUUUAGGGAAGAAGAUCUCUUACCAGAGCAGAGUAAAGGAUGAACCAGCCUACUAUUGCAAUGAGUGUGACGUGGAGGUUUUUGACUUGCUGUUUGUGACGAGUGAGAGUGGCAGUAAGAAGUUGUACGUGGUGCACUGUGAGGACUGUGCCAAGCAACGCAACCCCAAUCUCUCCAACGUAGUGGUGCUGGAACAAUACCGUAUUGAAGACCUGAUGAACACUUACGACACCUUUAGCUUGGCCUCCAGCUCUCGGUGAAAUCAGCUCUGCCAUCCAGCCCAGCCAUAACCAAAAGUCUUGCUUACCAGGACAAUUAGUUUUUGUUCUAGUAAAAUCUUUAGUGGUGUUUUUUUUUUUGGUUUGGUUUUUUUUCCAAGCAUUUGUAAUUUUUAAAGUACUACUACUGCUAAUAUUUUGUUGAACAGCCAAUCAUAAACCAGUUUACAUCAUGUUGUUUACAAAACCAAUAAGACAGCAGUCCAACAUACCAACCUCUGACUGGUUAUAAGGGACUUUACACCAGAAAUCAGUCUGUGCUGUCAUGUCAUUUAAUGACAAAAAAUGGCAUCUCGAAUUUUAUGUCCUUUGUUUGCAUUGGUAUUACUUUUGGUUUCUCUUUUUGUGUUGAAUACUGAAAUGUGUAAAUAUUUUUCAUGGGUGCUGUUUUUUUUUUCUUCCUUUCUUUCCUAUUAAUUUAUUUUAAAAUCUAGAACAGCCUAGAUGUAUACCACAUUGGCCUUGUGACUUGUAUUUAGUGAAGAUAUAAAUGAAUAAUACUAAUAAUAGAUAUAUGAACAUUUUUCUAAAGCAUUAAGAAUACAAAAAAUAACUUUGUUUGGAAUGGUUCAAAACAUACGGGUUUAAAAAAAAAAAAAAACUUUUUCAAUUUUAGAUACUGUCUGAGAAGCUUGUGUGGUUAAUAUCAUCAUGAUUUUAUUUCCUUAAAAUAAAAUCCAUUGUUACGAGAGCAUUUUAAGAUUCAUCAGGUCUUUUCCAUUAUACAUAUAUAUAUUUUUUGCGAGAUUACAAUUCAUCAUCAAUUUUAGUGAAUUGUUUUACCUCUCCUUUUUUUCUUUUGCUUAAUAUAGAUUUAUUCACAUGAUUUUUUUUUUUUUUUACAAUUGUACAUUUUAUUUAACUUCUUUCUUCUAUUUAUUGACUAUAUUAUGUUCUCCUUGUUUUGAUUAUUUUUAGUAAGUUUUGGAAGGAGAGUUUCAGGGUUGCUUAGUUAAUAAAAGGAGUAAUAUUUUCUGGCCUUUAAACUGUCCUCAUGGGCGUCUGAUGUGCAGCGACUCCUCUCUCCUGUCGUGUAGAAGGCAGAGCAGUUGUAGUUUGUCAAACUGAAAGCUGUCUUUUGUAUAGGGAAGCAAAGGGCCACUUUUUCUACCAACAUUAGCAGCAAAAUUGGAUGUAAAUGCAAAUAAAUUCAGAGCUGUUCCUAAGUAUCUACAUAUUUCAUGGUGCUUGAGUUUGUUUGAAAUGUUUUAUAUGAGAGAACACAGUCUCUGUCAACCAUGCGACAGAAUCUCUGGUUAUAUUAAAUUUGACUACAGUUGGUUACCAUAAACCAAAUAUUGAGGGGUUUUAUGCAUUUUUGUUUGAAAAAAAUCACAAAGUGUAAAUACUGUGGCAUUUUACUGGAAUGGGGUUGUGUGAAUCGAGUUAAUUAUUCAUUCAACUGAAACUGUAAUUUCUUUUUAAUUUUGUCUUAAGCUUGAAUCAAUUAUUUCAUGUAUAAUGAAACUGUUGGUUACGAUUAUGAAACAGAAGGUGCUGUCUUUUGAACUACUCUUUCUUUCAGUUUUGUUUCUAAAGAAAAGAAUCUAUUUUUCCUGUUGCAAUAUAUCUUCUGUUUGUGGUCAUUUAUUUAAAUUUCUGCACUGUUUGAGAGUUCACACAGAAAGCAAACUGAGCCAGACACUUCUUAAACACUUCAUGAAUUUGUGUGACAUUACUAUGAUUUAUUAAUAUUAAAUGCUUUUGAUAAA